UGUAUUACAUCGAAUAGAAUACUUUCAAUAAUUAUCCUUGACUUUUUCUAAGUAACCACUUUUUCUGGUUAAAUGUUCAUCAAUAUGGAUUAAUUUCUGUUGUAUAAUAUUGCAGUAGUUGUGAACUUUUAUAAUAGAAUAAUCGUAUUCUAGGAGAUAACUAAAAGUUAGCUAUCAAGCAAUUUAUAAAAAUGGCUCAUCCAAUUGUUUAUUUAACGAGAAAAGAAUCGAUAUCUAGCUGUCAUAGAUUGCAUAGCAAUAAUUUGAGUGAUGAAGAAAAUAAAGCGAUAUAUGGAAAAUGUAACAAUUUUUGGGGACAUGGACAUAAUUAUACUGUUGAAGUGACGGUCCGUGGACCUCUAGAUCCUAUAACUGGUAUGGUUAUGAAUAUAUCCGAUUUAAAAAGGUACAUGAAAAAUGUAUUAAUGGAUAGAUUGGAUCACAAAAAUUUAGACAAAGAUGUAUCUUAUUUUAAAAAUGUUGUAUCGACCACUGAGAACUUAGCUAUAUAUAUUUACAAUGAACUGAAAAAAGAAUUGCCUAAUCCAGAUUUAUUAUAUGAGGUAAAAAUUCAUGAGACCGAUAAUAAUAUUGUAUAUUAUAGAGGAGAGUAAAUAAUGUUUUUCUAUAAUGGUGUAAGGGACAAAUAAUAUAACACAAAGAAUUAUCAUUAACUCCAUAAUUAAUAAUGUAUGUUAUAUUUUUCUGCAGAUGAUUAUAUAUUUUUAUAUACUAUAUAUUUUUGUAAAUUACCUGUAAUUAUAUAUUUGUUUAUAUCUUAUGGUUUUUGUUAUAUUAAGAUUUAGCAUACUUAAUUUUUUAUUUAUAUCUUUAUUAUAACCUUAUUAUUACACAUGUAUUAUUUAUAUUAUAAAUUAAUACAUUGAUACAAAUCUUUGGCUUA